AACACCUUCCCUUUUUAUCUCUCUCUCAAAAACCAUCCAGAAGCCGCCGUAGUCGCCGUUUUCCUUCUUCACCGUCCAUCAUCGCCGUCUUGUUUGCUUGCUCAUACACUGUCUAAAACCCAGAGUACUCUUUGCAAUUUCUCCCAUCUCUCCUUUUUCCUCCGUCAAAAUCUUAAAAAUCUGCUGCCGGAGUUUCCUCCGCAGCUUUCAGAAAGGAGCUAAUUUGAGUUGAUAGUGGUGGUUGUACGAAGCUGAAGAAGAUAAACAAAUGGCUCGCUCCAAAGCUCCUGCAAAGAAGCAGCAAAUUGAUUUCAAGAAAAUCAAGAGAAAGCUCGGGAGAAAAUUACCUCCACCAAAGAAUGCAACUAACACAGAGAUUAAAUUCAAAGCAAUUAUACUUCGGGAGCAAAGUGCGGUAGCAGAAAAGACUGGCUUUGCUACAAGUAAGAAAAACUUGACCUUGAAGGAGCUUCUAGGUAAAAGUGUUCAUCACAACGCUAACCUUCGCAAAGAUGCAUUACUUGGUAUCAAAGAAUUUUUCAAGAGUCAUCCUGCAGAGCUGCAGUCACAUAAAUAUGAUAGCAUAAAGACACUUAUACUACGCAUUAGUGAUGGUGAUGAUGAAGUGAGAAAAGCUUUUUAUAAACUAUUUCAAACUCGGAUCUUUCCUGCUUGUAAAGAAGAUAACCUUAUGGUGUCACUUCUGAUGCCAUCCAUAUUUCUGGCUAUGGCUAAUACAUCGAUCGAUGUUCGUUUGAUGUCUUUCUAUUUUCUCCACCUUGUUGUGGAGUACUUCCCGCCUACCUUUUCCUUGUAUGCUGAAAAGAUUCUCGAAAACUACAAGGAUCUCAUUAUUCAGAGAAACCAUCUUUAUGUGCAAGAUCAAAGCAAUCUAAAGGCAGCUCUUUCCGGGCUGACACAUUGCCUCUCGCUGUUGCCACGUCAACGUGAUGAGAAUAAGGGACUUUUACAGAAUGAAACGCUACUUGCCUUUGAGCAAGAUACUGCAAAAGAAUUUGUUCGUUUUGCCCAUUUCUCUGGGAGAUUGAAAGAGAUCGUUGGAGCCUUGAUCAAUUGUUUCCAAGAAUUCAUUCCACUGAUUCAUGCUUCGCGAGGAUUAGAUGCACGGUCAUUAAUUGAUUGCGUGCACCAUAUGCUUCGCAGCAUAUGUUAUGCAAUCAAGUUUUCUAUUCGUAGCCACACUCAAAGACAGACUGCAUUUGAAGAAGUUGCUCUGUUGAAACUGGAUCAGGACAUUGUAUCAUUGUUAUCAAAGAAGUUACUUAGUUCUUUUCCCCUUAAUCCCGGAAACAACCUUUCUAAAAGGAAUGAUGAAAGCUACUUUAUCCUCAACGGUCUACUGACAGAAAUCUUUUUGGAAGUAAAUGAAUGGAGCCACCUUCCUUGUGAUCUUUCCUAUAGAUUUCUGGAAUUUAUUGAGAAUACCCUAAUAGGCAAGAUCACCAGGAGCAUUAGUAAACCUAUUCACGAAAAGACUUUACUUGCACUCGUGCCUUUUGUUCCAAAACUUACUUUGAGGGUGGAGCGUGAUCGGAGAGAUAAUCUUAUGCAGGCGUUUACUAUUACCUUAAGCGAUUGCAAACCAGAGUCUCCACUUAAAUUAGCCUGCAUUUCAACUGUUAGAGACCUCAUUAUCCCUAAUGGAGAUAUCCUUUAUCCCAAUGAUCCAACCGUAAGUAACUACCAGCGUGCUUGGGUCAACCAACUUCCAACACUGCUUAAUCAGUUGGGUGAUAAGUAUCCAGUAUCUACACAGGUUGUUUUGCAACUUUUGCUCGACCUUGGGAAAGUUGGGUGUCUGAAGAAUACUUCCCCCACAUUUGAAGAAGACAUCAGAAACUUCUUCAACCCUUAUCAGGGAGAAGGUGAUGUGCCUGGUGGACCUUUUGCAAGUCUCCCUAAGGAAGUCCAAGAUCUGGCUCUCAGUUUCCUUUACUACUUCAUCAAAGACAAUUUCAGCUCCCCUAUGCUGAGAGCAAUGGUUUCAUGCUGUUUAUAUCAACAACUUGAACCAGAUGUGUCGUAUCGGAUAGUGGAAGUUCUACACUCUGCCUAUAGAUAUGGAUACAUCCCGAUCACAGAUCAUCUUAGCUUCUUGAUUACCUUAAUUGCACGUUUCAGAGUUGUCCCAGGAGAGCCGGCGAGGCGAGAAACAUUUAAAGCACUUACAAACCUUGUGUGCUCACGUUUGUCAGAAAUGGGUGAUAGCUCUCUUGUCCUCCAGACUCUAGAGAAAGCUUUUGUCGAACAAAUAAUUUUGAAGCCUGCUUUGGACAAUGGGUGUGGCAUACUCAGGAUGAUCUGCGAGCUGGACUCUAAACAUACCAGACUUUCUGAAAGCAGUGUGACCACUUUAAGUGAAUUCUUACCGGGAUAUUUGAUCGACAUAGUCAAUUGUAUACCAGAAGAAGAUAAGGAGAAGUCUUCUUACAUUUACAUACAAACAUGUCUCUACUAUUUAGUACCUUGCUUUUUCCUGUUUGACCGGAGCUCCAAACUCACGCAAGAGGUUCUGAAAAGACUGCGAUUCAUGGUUAGUGAAAACACUAAAGCGAUGCUGGAAUCAUCGCCCCAACAAGACAGGGGGAGCAGUCGAAACUCGUUGAAUUUGAUACAAUGCAUUGUCUCUGUGGUCCUGCUGAUGCACAACGACGUCAAAGCUAGGAAGAUAAUAUCAUCAUUCAAGUCAGAGAUCGAUUUGAUUCUUCACAACGUUAUCUCGUUGCAGUCCUCGAGCUUGACUGUAGAAGGUAAGCAUAUGAUGAAAAUUGCAGGAGAGCGACUUAGGAUUGCAUCCAAUAGCUUAGUAAGUUGAACAACUGUGACAAUAGAAUAACUCGGUUGCUAAAGGGAUAUGCCUUUUGUUUGGCUGUUAGUGAAAGCACCAAUUUUGAUGACAAUUUUGUGUAGAAUAUUUUGUCAUUUGGCUAAUUAUGCCAUAUAUUUUUGCUAUGCAAUGCAAAUGCUUACAAAUUUAUUUGGAAAAACUUGCUAC